AUGGCAAAACCUAGCAGUAAGCACUCCCGGAGCGAGCCCUCCUCAAUAACGUCUACAUUUUUAUCCCGAAAACAUGCCCCUAGUCCAGAAAAGCGUCACUCGUCCGAUUCUAUCACUCCUAAUUCUCAAAAGACACCUCGUUCCAAUGCCAUACCCCGCGGCAAUGGCAAUCAGGCAAUGUCGAUCCCUAUGCCUCCACCAUCGCUCUACUUCUCACUUCUGCCCUCAUCCUCCAACAGUGGAUCAGGCUCGCGUGGAUCUGCCAAUAUUGGGAGUUUAGGAGCUGCACAUUCUGAUCAUCACUCUUCUAGGUACAACAGCAGCAGCACCAACCGUAGUAACAGCAGCAUUGACAAACAAAGCGACAAAGCAAGCACCAGUACGGAUCACUCGCAAAUAAGCUCCAUGUCUUCCAAACAUCACCGUUCUACUCCAGCCCUUCCUCCCACUCUGACCUUUACUCCCUUCCAAAAAUCAAACGCACAAAACAACAGCAAUAAUAACAGUGGUGGCCACCCUGUCUCUAAAGCAUCUCCCAAUUCUAGGUCACCAUCAAAUCCUAGUACUCCAGAGAUAGGAAGUUCAUCUCAAGGAGGAGUAGGAGGCACUCUAAUCCUACCUACCACGGUUGGUGGCAUUAAUGGAGGUGGCAAUAAUCACUACCAUACUCAUCACUACGCUCCUCGAUCGGCCUAUCCGCUUUCAAUGACCCAUUCACGGCGAUCGAGCUUGUCGCAUACAUAUAUUCCAGGCAGCAACCCAGAAAGACAGAAACAAGGGUUCUUUGAUAUGUCCAUCUUCGAUCCUGCUCCUGAGCACCUACCUAGGAGUUCUCGGACUUCUGUCGACCAUGAUCGACACAGCCAUCGCGUAGCAGCCUCCCGUCCACCAUCUAUCGAAUCUAUCAAUAGUGCCAAUUCCGUACCCUUCGCACCCCUACCCCCACCUCCACCUUCAGCAUGGAAACGUUUCACAAACCAUUUUUCAAACAGAGUUAUCAAACGUCAUAUAAAGUUCAUUAUUGCGCUUUACUUAUCGUCAGCUUUCACACUCAUCCCCCAAGCUGCUAAUUUCCUCGGCAAUGUGCCUUAUCUUGCCAAUGUUGCUGUUAUCUUUCUACAUCCAGCACGCACGGUCGGUUCGCAGCUCGAAGUUACUUUAUUCAGCGUCAUCGGCGGUGUCCUGGCAGCCAUUUGGAUCCUACCUUGUCAGGCUGCCGUCGCUGCAUUUAAUCAAAAAUAUUUGAAAGUGGGGGAAGGCAAUAGCGCUGCAUGGGUCAUUAAUGCAGCUUGGCUCUUCAUCGGGGUUUGGAUCAUGACCACCUACAAGGCAAAAUAUGCAAAGCUGAACUGCUCGUUCAUCAUUUACACCAUCGCCGGUAUCUUCGCCCUUACUAGGAACCAUGUCAGCACACAAUUUAACUUUCACGACUUCUGGGAUCUCAUGGGUCCAAUGAUGCUGGGUACAGCCAUUUGUCUAGUCGUCAGCAUUCUGUUUUGGCCAGAAACUGCUAGCGAAGGACUAGGGUAA